AACCAAAUCCAAACAAUCAUUCAGUCGCAAGCGGUACCUCACAGCGAUCGGAAGCUCGCAUAUUAGUUCAAUCGCCGUUUUCAUCGCAGGACUCCUCCAAAGAUCAAUCCGGGCGUGACAAAUUCCAGCCACAAUGGACGUCGACAGUAUAGUCUACAGCAACUGUAAGAACCCCUCCAAGUACGAGCCGUACCGAUGUACGUUGAGUGAUAAACUGCGCAAAAUUGCCAAGGCAGAACUCCGCGAAGAUGACAAAAUUCGUGAACAAGCCCUGGCCCAGAUGCGAGAAUGGAUCGCCAAAAAUCCCCACAUCAAAAAGUGCCGCACAGAUCCGUUGUUUUUGCUGCGAUUCCUGCGUACCAAGAAGUUCUCCAUAACGCAGUCCUGCGAAAUGCUGGAAAAGUACCUCUCCAUUCGACAGACCUACCCGAAAUGGUUCCGAAAUUGUGAUGUCGAAGACCCGGAGAUGGAAGCCCUCAUCGACGGUGGAUAUAUUGUGCCCAUGCCGCAGAGAGACGACAACGGCCAGCAACUGAUACUCUCCGUAGCGUCCAAUUUGGACCUGAGUCGGGUGAAUUCGGCCUUGUUGGCCCGGGCACAUUUCCUAGUUCAGGAAGUGCUAGCAGACGACGAGGAGGCACAGAUUUGCGGCUAUGUCCAGUGCAUUGACGAGCGACAGCUGUCCAUGAAGUUGAUGGGACUGUGGUCUCUGGUCGAUAUCAAAAAGGUAGCCGAAAGCAUACAGCAUGGCAUCCCCACCAGGAUGAGGUCGUUCAACUUUAUCGGACUUCCGGCGACGGCGGUUACGCUUCUGGAGUUUUGUGUCUCGCUGCUGAGUGACAAGCUGAGGAAGAGAUUCAACCUGUUCCGCACCGUGAACGACUUCUCGACCAAGUUCAACAAACGCAUCCUCCCCAACGAAUACGGUGGCACCGGAGGCCCCCUGUCCGACAUGAUCGCUCAGUUCAAGGAGCGCUGCAGGGCCAAACGGGCCCAACUGCUGGCCAUGGACGAAAUGCACAUCGAAAUCACCAAAUCUUCCUCCUUCUACGCGGACACGUGCCGUGGCGAUCUGGACAGUGGCAUGAUCGGAAGCUUCCGGAAGCUGGAAGUCGAUUAGAUGUACAUUGCAAUGCGCCCUAUGCUAAAUAAACGAAAUGAAGAAUUUUAGUAUACUUGCUUGGAGUUAGGUGAAGCUUUAGCUUUUAAGAGAUUUUUAGGCUUAAGUAAAAAAAUAUCAAUAAAUCUAUACGUACCACCAACCUGUUCGA